GUGGUUAAAGUACUCUUGAACCACCAGUACAUGGCCCAGGAAAACUUGAGAGUCGAAAUCACAGAUCAUUCCAAAAAGUUUGGAGGUGCGGGGCUAACGGAACAGAAUGGCUGGUGGCUCCAGCCAAAAGAAUAGAAAAAGUGCCGUGCUGGUGAUUCAGCAAAGGUUGGCUUGGCUUGCAGGGGGAAUCGGAUUCCGCCUCAGCAGGAGGCGGCUCGGAUAUACUGAUGUUUUAAGGGUCAAGGGAUUUUGUGGAGGGGGGGAUCCUGAAGCAAAUAAUCCGUGGAGCAGACCGCAUUCAGGAAUUAAUAAUGUCAAGCCCAAAUUUGGGACCGGUGCCUUCGAUGAAAUGUUGAGGUGGAGUUUGAAGGACAUGGAGGCAAUGAUGGGUGAGAGGGAUGGAUUGCCACUGGAAUCACUGGAUGCAUUGAACAAGGUAUUUGUGGAUCAGAAGGAUGAUAAUCUCAGCAAUUUUUUCCUCAGGCUUGGGGUGUCAUGCACACCAUUUGAGAAGAAUAUCCACCCAGAUGAAGGAUGCGGGGAAAGACUACGUGAGGACAUAGAGAAAGGUACACAGAGGGAAGAAGGUCACCCUCUUGUCAGUGAACAGCAAGCUGGUGAUUCUUCCAAUCCGCUGCGCAAACAAAAGAGUCCUACAGAUACAGAGACUGGUCCAGGAAACAAACCAGGAUCUGAUAAUUUUCCAUAUGGUGUCAGUGGUGGUGCUGUUGGCGGUCCAAGGGGCUUAAAAGGGAUGUCAUCAUCAUCAAUGGCAAGUGCGGCAGCGGAGGAGCUAUCGCACACAGGUUGCCUCUCAGCAGGUGAUCUGCUGUGGAUGGAGCUGAGAAUGGAAGAGGCACAGCUCAUUCUGCAGCAGGGCUCUGGUGCCAGCAAGCCCCAGGCCCUUCCAAACUAUAUUGCCAGCGACAAGGACGCAAAGCAAAAUGAUCGCAGUUCUCAGAGGCUUGCACAACCAGAUGACAGUGAGCGAAAAACGACGAUGAGCGGCGCUGGACCAUCUAUUCCACCUCCAGCAGUGCACGAUGACGACAACCAUACUUGCCGUGCCGUCGCCCCAGCAGAUGGGUGCACAGGCAGUCCAUCAUCCAGAGUGACACUUCAAGAGAAAAGCAAGAGCCAAGUGGAUACAGCGUCAGCAGCCAUGAAAGAAGACGUCACGCACCAGGUUAGAACAGACGCAGAGGUGGACAGACCUCUUGGGAAGUCUAGGUCAUUAGAGAGUACUCGUGCGCAGGAGGUCGAUGCUCAUCAGUCCGGCAUCUCUGAUUGUCAGAGGAAUAACUCUAAAGAUUCAGAGUCCAUCUCUCGUGUCGACGAAAGUGGCUCCAAGCACAGCAUGUGCUGUAGUGAGCAAACGCAGUUUCCGAUGGCAGCACUUGGUGAACUCCAUAGCGAUAAGCCUCCAAGUAACAGAGAGACUGCAAAAAGACACCAAACUACUGUGAUUUCUACGGAGAAUGAUGCGGUGGAUUGCACCAAGUGUGAGAAAGAUGGUGUUGAAAAAGCAGCGCAUCAGAGUGUCAGGCCCUGUGAACCAACAAAUCUCAGCCCUUUCAGCGGCGUCCAAACGGGGCAGCACCCCGUAAACUCCUUGAAUGCAAUCCAAUGUUUGCCCGUGGAGGGCACACCAGAUCACAAGUACAACUUCGCAAAAAUCACAGAGGAGGGUGGGAGGGAGGAAGUGGAAGGAGAGGAGGAUGAUGCAGUUGCGGAGACAGGGUCCCAGAGGAUGGACAGAGUGAACCACCAUCGCGUUGUUGUCGGAGAGUCAAGCAAGUCAGAACAGGUCGACGGCGGUGUUGAUAACACUGACAGGAAUUCAAACAUGACAGAGGAAGGAAGGAAAGAGAAAGCGGGAGGAGAGCAUGAUGCAGUUCUCCCAGGAGACGAUGAUGCAGUUCUACGAGGAGAGGAUGAUGCAGUUCUCCGAGAAGACGAUGAUGCGGUUAUUGAGAGCGCUUUCGAGGGGGUGGAGAGAGUUAGCCAUCACGUCACGGGAGAAUCAGGCAAGUCGGAACGGGUUCAGAGUGUUGAUGAUACCGGCAGGAAUUCAAACAGUGGGCAUGCGCAUGCACGCACGACACAGGAGAGGGAUCGGGUAACACCGGACCAGAUGAGUGAGCAUGAGGAGAGAGAGGGAAGGCAACAGCAUCCUGUGAGGAGCGCACCUGCAAAUGCCAAGGCACCUAAAGCGGCCGAGAAGUUUGGUUUCGAUGACGACAGGCUGAAUGGGGUUGCAACGAGGAAGAAGGAUCAGGUACAAAUGGAUGAGAGCUGGGAGCCUGGGGUGGGGGAACAGGGAAAAUGGCAUGAGCCUAAGAGAAGGGCAGCUACUGAUGAGAAAGAAGCGAAAGUGGCUGGGAAGUCUGCUUGCGAUGAAGACCAAAUGACAACUGGGGUUACAACAGGGAAGAAGGAUCAGGUACAAACAGACAGGAACUGGGAGUACCGGUGGAGAGAACAGGAUAAACCGCGUCAUCCUGUGAGGAGGGAACCUGCAGAUGUCAAGGCAACUAAAACGGCCCGAACGACUGCUUCCGAUGAACAACGAAUGACUGAGGUACGUUCCAAAAUAUCAUCGGUUUUCGACUUCAUGGAUGACGACGAUGACAAUGGAGAACCAGAGGUGCAGGCAAAGGACGCUACUUGGCAGCCAGCCAAAACUGCUUCAACACUGGCUAGCCUCAGACGGGUCACCAGCGUAAACGGCCACAGGAAUGUGCGAAAUACCCCUACAGAUGGAGCGAGAGACAGGCACCAGGAAAGGGGGGGUGUGACAAAAGGGAAAGCUGUUUCGUUCAUGGACGUGGAUGCAAAUGAAAGACGAGCGGGAAAGGACAGGUCAGCUGAUGGGAAUAGCGCGACCAAUCAGACAAGUGAGAGAUCAUCAAGCUGUUGUGACACCGGAGCUCGCAGCCAAGGGAGGACAAGUGGUGAACGCAGUCAAGCAAUUGCGGCAGCGGGCCCCGAAAACGCGGCAACGAGAGUUGUUAACAAAAAUGCCGAAUGCAACAAUGGUAAUGCUCAACAGAACUUGGAUAGGCUCGAUCGUGGCAAUAAGGCUGCGCUCCGGGACAUGCCAACACGGGCCAUACGCUUGCGGAGAACUCACAGAAACCUCACAGAGAAGGAGGUGGAAAAGCUCGUCGAAGGUUUUAACAGCCUUGGCCCUGGCAGGUGGUCGUCCAUAAAGGAGAGGUGGUUUGCAGAGGACAACGAUCUGUUGUCUAGUGAUUUAAAGGAUAAAUGGCGUUCGUUGGUUCUUGCAGCUAAGCGCCCACCGGAGGAGCGGCGCAGGAAGAAGUUUCCAGCUGAGCUGCCACGUCUGGUUUCACUGCGAAAGCUGAGACGGAUUCUGCCGUUGAAGAACUGGUAUGACGCAGAGAUGGCGAAGAUUCUGGCUAAGCGGCAAGAAGAGGCUCGGCUACUCGAGGAAUGUGAAGAUGAGAAACGAAGACUUCAGGAGAAGCUUGAUCGGGAGAAGUUCCAGACAGAACUGAGUGACACUUGGAAUGCCAAGUUUGAGUCGGUGUGUGGCACGUUAAGAUCGAACAAGGGCAGUAGUACGAGUGAUGUGGAGAUUAAGAUGCUGAAGAAGCAGAUCGAAGAUCUAAAGAUCAGUCAGAGGCAUGCGGCGAACAAUCUUGGAUCCUCUUCUAGCGCUCCAACUACUGGGAACAAUGCUCUGCUGGCUCGUAUCCUUCAGGAGCACGAUGCGAUGAAAACACGAUUGGAAGAUGCUGCUGGUGCAUGUAAGCAUGUUGAGUUGCUGGAGACUGAAGUGCGUACUCUGCGGCAGUCGCGUGAGGAGGCCGUAGAGGAGGCAGAGACAUGGAGGAAGGAAGCAUUGAAAUCGGGUAACAAGCGCAGUAGGAUUGCGACUUCACCAUCUUCUAGCCUCAAGAUGCCUCCGGCCGCUACUCCAGCGAAGGACAAAUCGGCAGCUAACCUUCGGCAAUUGCACAACAUGGAGGUCGAUGCGCUGAAAGCAAUGAGGUUGCAAGAGCUUAACUGGAGACGGGAAGCAGAGCAAGAGAAUGAGCGGCUGAAGGAACAGCAGCGGGAGAUGGAGCGUGAGCAUGCUCGUCUGAAGGAAGAAUUGGCUAAGAAAGGUAAAGAGAAACGGACGCCGAUGUCCAGUUUUCGUGAACGUUUGGAUGAAGCCGAUGGCGUCGCGGAUGGAUCAGGGCUGAGAACCACGAGGAAGAAGAAGCCUGCACUGCCAGUGGGGUAACGAUGAUAGUAGAGAGAACGAUCGGGACGCUUUUUUGCAUGAAGCAAGGAAGGAAUUUAGGAAUCUU